AUGCUGUGGCAUCUAUUAGCUCUGUCCACACUCGUGGUGACGGUAUAUGGUCAUGGAAGAGUCCUGCAACCCCCAGGCAGGGCUACUAUGUGGAGAAUGGGAUUUAAAACCCCAGCUAAUUAUGAUGAUACGGGCGUGAACUGCGGUGGUUUUGAUAGACAGUAUUCGGUCAAUGAUGGAAAAUGCGGAAUCUGCGGCGACGCCUACGACAUGGAUUUACCACGACCUCAUGAAAAUGGCGGAACCUACGGCCAGGGCGUAAUCGUCGGCGAAUACGAAUCAGGACAAAUAAUCGAAACGAUUGUAGAGAUUACCGCAUACCACAAAGGCUACUGGUACUUCAAACUGUGCCCUAAUCCAAAAAUGGAAUCCAACCAGGAAUGUUUCGAUAAAUAUCCUCUGGAGUUAGAGGAUGGUGGUCUGUUUUAUUACCCCCCGAAAGGUGGAACCUAUACUGCGAGAUACAGACUCCCUGAUGGGGUAUCUUGUGCUCACUGUACCCUACAAUGGAGGUAUGUGGCGGGGAACAAUUGGGGAGUCUUCAGUAAUGGAACUCAGUGUAUUGGUUGUGGGAAUCAGGAGACAUUUGGAGCUUGUUCCGAUAUAAGUAUUGCGCCAUUGAAAUAUAUAGUCCCUGAAGGUGGACCUUUAGAAUUGGAUGUGGCGAGUGAUGAUAACUAA